AUGAGACUCCCCUCGAGCCCAGCGGUGCCCAGGAGGAGCAGUGAGGGGCCUCUGCUCGGGGUGCAGACUCGGCUGGUGGGCACCCCUGAGGCUCUGGGGACCACCCCUCUCCCCUCCCACAGGAUGCGCCUGCUCUGGGCCCCUGGCAGGCCUUUCCUCGCCCUGGUGCUGGUGGCUUCCAUCAAACAAGUUACUGGAUCCCUCCUUAAAGAGACGACUCAGAAGUGGGCUCAGUACAAGGAGAAGUGUCUGAGAGACUUACUCAAUAAGCCUUCAGGUGUGUUUUGUAAUGGAACAUUCGAUCAGUAUAUCUGCUGGCCUCAUUCUUCUCCUGGAAAUGUCUCUGUUCCCUGCCCUUCAUACUUACCUUGGUGGAGUGAAGAGAGCUCAGGAAGGGCCUACAGAUACUGCUUGGCGCGGGGGACUUGGCAGACGCUAGAGAACGCCACAGAUAUUUGGCAAGAUGACUCUGAAUGCUCCGAGAACCACAGCUUCAAACAAAACGUGGAUCACUAUGCCUUGCUGUCCACUUUGCAGCUGAUGUACACGGUGGGAUACUCCCUCUCCCUUAUCUCCCUCUUCCUGGCUCUCACCCUCCUCUUGUUUCUUCGGAAACUGCACUGCACCCGCAAUUACAUCCACAUGAACUUGUUUGCCUCCUUCAUCCUGCGAGCUGUGGCCGUCCUGGUAAAGGACGUUGUCUUCUACAACUCCUACUCCAGGCGACCUGACAAUGAGAGAGGGUGGAUGUCCUACGUGUCGGAGAUGUCCACUUCUUGCCGCUCCGUCCAAGUCCUCCUGCACUAUUUCGUGGGUGCCAAUCAUCUGUGGCUGCUGGUUGAAGGACUUUACCUCCAUGCACUGCUGGAGCCCACUGUGCUUCCUGAGAGGCGGCUGUGGCCCAGAUACCUGGUGGUGGGUUGGGCAUUCCCCGUGCUGUUUGUUGUCCCUUGGGGUUUUGCACGUGCACACCUGGAGAACACAGGGUGCUGGGCAACGAAUGGGAAUAAGAAAAUCUGGUGGAUCAUCCGAGGACCCAUGCUGCUUUGUGUAACAGUGAAUUUCUUCAUCUUCCUGAAAAUUCUCAAGCUCCUCAUUUCUAAGCUCAAAGCCCAUCAAAUGUGCUUUAGAGACUAUAAAUACAGAUUGGCAAAAUCAACACUGGUCCUCAUUCCGUUACUGGGCGUUCACGAAAUCAUCUUCUCGUUCAUCACUGAUGACCAAGUACAAGGAUUUUCGAGGCUCAUUCGACUCUUCAUCCAGUUGACACUGAGCUCCUUCCAUGGAUUCCUGGUGGCCUUACAGUAUGGCUUUGCCAAUGGAGAGGUAAAGGCAGAGCUGCGAAAGUCCUGGGGCCGCUUCUUGCUAGCUCGCCACUGGGGCUGUCGAGCCUGUGUCCUGGGGAAGACCUUCCAGUUCCUGGGGACAUGUCCCAAGAAGCUGACAGAGGGAGAUGGUGCUGAGACCCAUCGGCAGCUGCAAUCCUCGCCUGAUGGCUCACAGCUGGCCACGGGGGCCCAGGGGCAGGUUGGCGCCCGACCUCACCGAGGCCAUGGAGUGUGGCCCCGGGGCAGCAGCCUCUCUGAGAGCAGUGAGGGAGACUUCACCCUGGCCAACACCAUGGAGGAGAUUCUGGAAGAGAGUGAGAUCUAG